AUGGAUCAUCCAAGAAACUUGACGGGCGAUAAGAGGGACCCCGACCAGCCUGAGCCCUCUCGAGUAUCGGGUAUACCAGGCAGCGACUACGCCUCUGCAUCAUCCAUACCUCCCAUGCGAUCAACGGCGUCGGUUCGGAGAGGCUACGGAACCCUGGAUGCGCAAUCCGUCGACUCGGCAUCCGAGAUACGCAACGAUGAGCCCACUCAGGAGGAUAGUUCGAGCCGCGCGUUUACCUCCUCAUCUAUGGUCCCUGAUCGGCCUCGAAAGCCCUCGGUCACCCGUCGCAUGUCGUCGAAACGACAAGUGCCCCACAAGGGCCAGGGAUUCUCGACCGACGAUGAUGUCAAAGAAGUAGAGGAGGACUUUGCCCUACAUAAGGCUUCGUCCACCCAGCAGCUGUCUCCGAGGCUUCGUCCCAUGCGGGUUCAGGGCUCCACGUUACGCCGUCAUGUUAGCGCCCGUCUCAGCCCAUUGGCUAGAGGUGAAUCAGACAACCUGAGUGAGGAUGAUACCAUAUUGCCAAAACCCAACUUCGACCUACCCGACGAUGCCCCGUCGAUAAGGCAGUCUGAUGGCGGUAGUGAUAUUGACAGUGGGGAUGAAUCUCAUGUGGCCGAUGAGGAUGACGAGGAGACUAGUGAUGCUGAGAGCUUUACGCUCAAGGACCGCCAGCAAGCGAUCAACGAGACCCAUCCCUUCGGUAUCAGGAUCUGGAAGCCCGCCCUGUACAAGAAGAGCCGCUCGGUUGAGAAGACUGCCGAGGGCGAUAUCCACUCAUCUCCCGGGGGUCGCGUCAGUCCCAUGCUCUUUUUGACAAACCUUCUAUGGUCAGUGCUCUUUGGGUGGUGGUUGGCUCUAGCGGCCUUGCUGGCUGCGAUCGCAUGCUUUUUCUGUGCUUUCUCUUCUAGCGCUGUCGCGUAUGGAAGGGUUUUCGCUGGGCUCUCGCGCUACUUGCUCUACCCCUUUGGCUCCUUUGUUCUCCUCAGAACAGAUGAUAAUUAUGCCGAGGAAGACGAAGGAGAAGGCCGCAGUAUCAGCGAAUAUGAACAAUGGCAGAACGGUGACUUGGAGCAUGGCCGACUUUUCUUCGGACCUCGCAGAGAUCGAUCUCUUGUCGGACGGCGGCGCAACAGCGUGGAUUCUGCUGGCGAGCAGGACAGCCUCCUCGGCCGGCCCCAGCGUGGACAAGGCGAGGACUUACAAUUCAGCCCCUCCAAACGCCGCCUCUUCGGUCGUGGUGAAUGGACUCUCGGUCGAGUUGUGUUCUUUGUAUUCUUUUACUUCUUGGUGGGACCCUUGAUGCUCAUAGUCUCCCUGGUCUGCUGGCUGCUUGUCUUCUGGAUCCCAAUGGGCCGAGUCACUACCAUCUUGGUGAGCCACCUGCGACGCCAUCCUCUAGCCUUGUCAUUCCACUCCGAUACCUCUUAUUCCCGACUUGCCACGGGUUCUUCAUCUUCAUCCAUCCUUCUGUGCACGUAUCGCGCGGCAGGGACGAGAUACUGGAAAUACACCAUUGACGGCACCAACAUCUUCUUUAUCAAUUUGCUAGCUCUCGUCGCUUUCGUCAUUUUCGACUACUUCGUGCUGGACACCUUCCUGGGAAUUGAGUCCUGGCUGACUCACCCCGGACUGAUCUUUACUCUCUCCCUAUUCUCCAUCAUCCCGCUAGCCUACUUCAUCGGCCAGGCUGUGGCAUCCAUCUCAGCCCAGUCGUCAAUGGGCCUGGGUGCCGCGAUUAAUGCCUUCUUCUCCACCAUCGUAGAAGUGUAUCUCUACUGUGUCGCCCUGACUGAAGGCAAGGCCCAGCUUGUGGAAGGGAGUAUCAUUGGCAGUAUCUUCGCGGGUAUUCUGUUCUUGCCCGGGUUGUCCAUGUGCUUCGGUGCUAUCAAGCGCAAGACGCAGCGAUUUAAUGUGAAGUCCGCCGGUGUGACCUCGACCAUGCUGUUGUUUGCGGUCAUCGCAGCCUUUGGUCCUACUCUUUUCUACCAGGUAUAUGGCAGUCAUGAGCUGAACUGCCAUUCAUGCGUUCGCGAGUUUGACCCAGAGAGCCGAGACUGCCGUCGUUGCUACUUUUCCCAGAGUGCAGCUGUUCAUGAUACAUUCUUUGAAAAGGCAGUCCAGCCAUAUGCAUGGUUUUGCGCCGUGUUCCUAUUCCUGUCAUACGUCAUCGGUCUCUGGUUUACCCUGCGUACUCACGCCGCCUUGAUUUGGGCUACUGAGAACGAGGAGAAGGAGAAGAAGGCCGCCCAGCCGAUUUCUGAUUCGUUUACUUUCGAGCCUAGGCACCUACUCUUCCCGCCUGGUGGUCCCGAGGCAUCGGGCGCGAUCUCUAGCCACAAAGACUCCAUUCGCGAGUCGCAACUCUACAAGCGCAUCCUUGGUCAAUCACUGAGACAGGUUGGCUUGGAAGAUACUAGUGGCGCCAAUUGGGAUCAGGUGGAAAGUGGCUCUCCAUCGGAUAAAAAGGCUGGCAUUCCUCAUCUGGUUCCUCCGCGUUCUGGCGGAGAUGGAAGUUCCAAUGUGCCAAAGGCUAUCCACGGCCUUUCUGGAGAGGAAAACGAGCGACUCGUGCGUCAAGUCACCGAAGUGGCGGCCACUGCGGCUGCAGUAGCUGCUCGCGAUGCAGCUCGUAGUCGCAAGUACUCGGCCCAACAAGGCAAUUCCUCCACACGCCAAGCUUAUCGUACCCAGGCAGACCAGGCAAAGACUCAUCCUCCCGGUGAGGAUAACGAAGACAUCGGUAUUGUUGCGGAACCUGCCCACAGCGGCGGUCACGAUGCUCCGAACUGGAGCAAGGCGAAAAGUUCCAUCAUUUUGUUGGGUGCUACUUUCCUCUACGCUAUUAUUGCUGAGAUUUUGGUCAAUACGGUGGAUGUCGUAUUGGAGAGUGUGGACAUUGAUGAAAAGUUCCUUGGUAUUACGCUGUUUGCCCUGGUGCCGAACACUACCGAGUUCCUGAACGCCAUCUCAUUCGCCAUGAACGGAAAUAUCGCUUUGUCUAUGGAGAUUGGUUCUGCUUACGCACUUCAAGUCUGCCUAUUGCAGGUGCCGGCCGUGGUCCUCUUCAGUGCCCUCUAUACUCAAUCCAUCGACCCCGCCGAGCUCGUCAGCCACUCCUUCAAUCUAAUCUUCCCUCAGUGGGACAUGAUCACCGUCAUCCUUUGCGUCUUCCUGCUAUCCUACGUCUACGGCGAAGGCAAGAGCAACUACUUCAAAGGAUCCGUCCUUGUCCUGACCUACCUGGUCGUCGUGCUCGGUUUCUACCUCUCGGGCUACAGCAACAUGUACACUCUGGGCGUGGAUCGCUUCGACACGCUCGCCCUAGGCGAAAAGUUCUACACUGUCGGCCGCUCCCGAGCUGGCGCGGCGUACUAA